GCCACUUUCUUUAAAGAAAUGGCAGAAAAGAUUCGUAAGAACCCAAAAAAAUAUUAUGGCAAAUUAGAGAUUGUACAUAUGAUUGAUACAGGUGGACAGCCAGAAUGUCUGGAAAUCAUGCCUUUCUUGAUUCACAAUGCGCAUCUCAUACUUUUGGUGGUAGACCUGUCAGUAUCUCUUGAUGAAUGUACAAUACCUACUUUUCAUAAAGAUGACCAUGGCCUUUUAAGAAAAAGAGUCUACUUACUUGCAAUAGAGAACUUAUUCAGCAACUUGCCCAAACUCUUGUGGCAGCACAAGGUGAGGGAAACGACACUAACCCAAGCAUCUUUGUUAUUGCUACUCAUAAAGACAAGGUUAAAGAUGAAGAAAAACUCAAAACACUUAAAAAAGAAUUAAACACUUUGGUAAUGGAAAUUCUUCCUAGUAACUCAGUGUACACCAAAGCAAAAGGUAUGAGUGUGUUUGAUAUAAAUUUACUUGAUCCUGACGCAGAUACUCUACGUGCAAUACGUGAAACAGUUACACAAGAAAUGAAGGAGAUGAAGGAGCUUGAUGUUCCUUUGUCAUAUGUUAUGUUUGAAAGGGAAGCCAUGGUUCACAUGAAGGAAUUAAAAAGAACGGUUAAGGUUUUAAAACUGGAAGAAUGUUUUGACUUAGGAAGAAGACUAAAAAUGAACGAGGAUGCUGUUAAAAAUGCUCUGAAAUACUUCAAUAAGAAUAACAUCAUGUUGUUUUUCGAAGAAAUAGGCGAAGGGCUUGUAAUUCUGGAUCAUAGCACCCUCAUUGACUUCGUCAAUACUGUUAUAUUCUUCAGCUAUGAGGCUGCAAAUGGAGAAAAAGGUCAAAUAAUUAAAGCUAAUGAGAGAGAUUCUCUUAGCAAAGGAUUGAUUACAGAAGCAAUUUUAAAAAGAAUGCAACAUAUAUUUGUUCCUGAAAUAUUUGAAGCUUGUCAUGCUAUUAAAGUCUUUGAAAAUCUCUAUAUCAUUGCUAAGAAUUCGGAAAAGGAAAAUGACUAUAUCAUGAUGUGCUUGCUUCCACGAUUAUCUGUGAAGGAGUUAGAGUCAAGAAAGCUGGUUUUCACAACGUGUGAUCCAGUGGAGCCACUAAGACUGCACUUUGGCAUUGGUGAUCCCCCUGAAUGGCAACAAUACUGCUCUCCCCAGUGGUUGUUUUGGCAGCACUAUUGCUUGCCUCAUUACCGACUUUCAAUUGGAGAAUAUGUACUGAUGUUUUAUAUGACAAAGCUCCUGUAUGCCUUUAUCAUGACAUGGCUAUACUUUGUCCGAAAGAACUAAGCUUAGAAGUAACUCUUGUCAACAAGACCAAGUAUUUUGAGGUCUAUGUAGGUGUAGAUCCAGAGAAUGGAGAUGAAUAUAAGGAGCUUCCUGCAAUUAGAAGUGAAAUAAAAGAAGCAGUUGGAAAGGUUUUAAAAACAAUGAAGGUUAACCUCAGUGUUGCAGAAGGGUUUGAGUGUGACUGUGAGAACACCAAAUACCUUAAAAGAGAUUAUGCUACGUGCAGGUGUGGCCUGAAGGAGGAAUCUGAAAGUCUUUGGAUUAAAGCUGAACCAGCAUUAAUGAAGUACCCGGCUGAGGCACAGAACCAAGGAGGAGGACCAGUAUGCAUGCGUCAGUUUAAAAAACUAGCAACACAUAAUGGGGAUGUAAGGAUUGUGGAGGAAAGUGCAGAGCGCUAUAAAGACAUUGGAACCAAGCUACUUACUACUGCGUUGGUUGACUCAAUAUCAGAAGUAGCAAAUGAAGACCCCAAAAAAGCAAUAAGACUGAUAUACAAAAGAUGGAUACGUACAGACGAAGGUCACUCGUGGGGAAAACUAACACAAAGUUUCAAAGAUGUUGGGCUUCAUUCUCUUGCCCGGGACCUUGAAGAACACUUUGGGCUUCCUUCAC